AUGAGUAAUCAGGGGAGGAUUUGGGUUCUAUAUGAUACUACACAUGACAACUUAAUGGUCAUAGAACAGCAUUUGCAAUUCAUUCAUUGCAAAAUUACUUGGGGAGAGGAAACCAUAUUCUGGACAUGUGUGUAUGGAUCUUAUAACUCAACUGUAAUAAGGGAGAUGUGGAGAGAGCUCACAAGAAUUGGAAUUGAUCUACAAGCUCCAUGGCUUAUACAGGGUGAUUUUAACUCUGUCAGUAGCAAUGAAGAUAGGAUUGGUGGAAUUCCAAUUAACAAGGAAGCAGCAAGUGAAUUCCAGAAUUGGAUCUUGGGUUUAAAUUUGGUGGAGGUUCAAAGUAGUGGUCCAAGGUUCACUUGGACUAAUUAUCAAGAAGGGGAGAGAAGAAUUUACAGGAAACUUGAUUGGUGUUUUUCUAAUCAAGCUUUUUAUUCAAGGAAGAAAGACCUUGUGUGCAGUAUAGUAAGUAAUUGUAUAUCAGAUCAUUGUGGAAUAUUAGUUGAUAUACAUGGUUCAAAAGAAAAUAUAAAGUCCCCAUUCAGAUUCUUCAAUAUGUGGUGUGAUCAUCCCAAUUUUUUUGCUAUUAUUGAAAGAAUAUGGAAUACACCAAUUAGAGGAAGCCACAUGUACAGAGUUUACUGCAGAUUGGAAUUGCUGAGAACUGAGCUAAAAUGUUUGAAUAAACGAGACUUUGCUGAUAUUUCAAGGAGAGUGUCUAUUUGCAAACAGAAUUUGGAGGGAAUCAGAAGUAUGUUACUAUCUGAUCUUUUUAAUGUUGGAAUGCAAAAGGAAGAGGCAAAUUUGAUAUGUCAGUUACAGAAAUUAUUAAAUUGGGAGGAGAGCUUAUUAAAGCAAAAGGCUAGAUGCCAGUGGGUUCAUGCUGGUGACCAAAAUUCCAAGUUCUUCUUUAGAUUGUUGCAACAAAGAAAAACAAGAAAUAAUAUUAAUCAACUGAUUUUAUCAAAUGGUGAUAUAUGUAUAGACAGGAAUGAAAUCAAGGAUGCUAUAGUAGCAUACUUUCAGGAUUUUCUGGGUACUUCAAAAGCCAGGGAAGGAUGUUUUGAUAGAAGUGGUUUCCAUGAAAAGAUUGUGGCUGUUGGAGAUGGUGUAUUAUUAUGUCAAAUGCCUACAGGGAAGGAAAUUAAAGAAGCUCUGUGGAGUAUCAAGGAUAAUAAAUGCCCAGGUCCAGAUGGCAGAGUGAUAUCAGAUAAUAUAAUGCUUGCUCAUGAGCUAAUUAGAGGGUAUCAUAAAGAGAAAUUGGGGUGUUGUGCAAUGAAGAUUGAUUUGCAAAAAGCUUACGACUCUGUAUCUUGGGAUUUCCUCGAAGAAGUUCUGUUGGCUUUUCAAUUUCCAGAUCAUUUUAUAAAGCUUAUCAUGAGUUCUGUUAGAUCUUGCAUGUUUUCAGUACUUAUCAAUGGGAAAUUGGAAGGGUAUUUUCCUGGGCAAGUUGGUUUAAGACAAGGAGAUCCCAUUUCUCCACUUUUAUUGGUGAUGUGCAUGGAGUAUUUGACUAGAUGCUUUAACAAAAUGGCAUUGAAUGGUUUUCAAUAUCAUAGAGAUUGUGAGGAGCUUAAAUUCAAACAUCUAUGUUUUGCAAAUGACUUGUUUGUAUUUGCAAAGGGUGAUAUUCCUUCUAUUGGAAUGAUUAAUGCAACUUUGAAGCAUUUCCAAGAAGUGUCAGGACUAAAGCCUAAUUUGCAGAAGAGUGAAGUCUAUUUCUCUGGAGUAGGUCAGUUUGAAAAGAAACAUAUCAUCAAUUUGUUGGGAUUUAAGAAGGGGACUCUUCCUGUUAAGUACUUGAGGCUUCCACUUAUAUCUACUAAAUUGACAAAAGCACAUUGUCAAGAUCUUGUAGGAAAAAUUACUGCUAGAAUUUCGUCAUGGACUGUAAAGACACUCUCCUAUGCAGGCAGAAAUUUUCUGUGGCAUCGUUCAGAGAGCUCUAGCAGAGGAGGCUUAGUUGCUUGGAAUGUGGUGUGUCAGAUGAAAACUUAUGGUGGCUUGGGUAUUAAGCCUGUGCAGGUUUGGAAUCAGAUAGCACAAUUGAAGCACAUUUGGGAAUUGAUCAAAGGAAAACAAACUCUUUGGGCAAUAUGGGUGGCCAAAACUAAAUUGAGACGGCUUAGUUUCUGGGGCAUCACUAAGAAGGCUGAUAAUAGCUGGAAUUGA